AUGUUUAAUACUACGAAUAUUGAUAAAACUCGGCGAGUAGAGACAUCUAGAGAAGAAUUUGAUGGUAUUGGAUCUGCCUAUCUUCAGUCCUUAGGUUAUAACACACAUUCAUCUUUUAAAAAUUGUUCCAUUGGAGAAAAUUCAGACAUUACUGAUAGAAUAAAUAUCUAUCCGUUUGAAAAUCAUAGAUAUGACCUUUCAGACUAUCAGCAAGAACCUUGGCAAGAAUUUUUGCGGGAAAACUUUGAAAACGAAACCGCAUUACCCUUAUCGGCCAGUAAAUAUACAGACCAGCUAAGUUUCAGUCCUAAAGCAACGUGUCAGGAUGAUCACUUUCCACUAUCGAGUAUCAGCCUAGUCAAUUCAAUCAAUAACUCUCAAUAUAAUCAGGCUUUGCCUUCAAUUUCACCUGAAUUACCUGUAGUAGAGAAGUCUAUCUGGAAGCAAUAUAACGAUGGACUUUCAUCGAAAUCAGUAAAGAAACAUUGGACACCAUCUAUCGAAAGUAUUCGAAGUUCCUACAUCAUAGAAUCUACCUCACCAUCUAGCUUAGUAGAUUCCCGAAUGGUAGGCAUCUUCCCUCAAAAUCAAAAUCUCAGGACAGAUGAGGAAGAAGUCUCCGCUGUAAAUUCCGAUGCAUUCCUUCCUUUAUUAUCCUCAGUUGAUCAUUUUCUCCAUUCACCACUGUCAUUAAGGGUAUCAAAUGUACAGUUAGAUGGACUUGAGAAUGAACAUCUCCCUCCCGAAGACCCUGAAAACUUCCCAUUACGAAAACAGUCAUUGGCUCCUAAUUCUUCUCAGACAAUAUCACAAACAGGUAUUCAGUCAUUAAUCUAUGGACAAAAUUGGCAGCAAUCCUCAAACCAGACGGAAAUUUCAAAUAACACUGUAAAUUUAUUGAAGUGCUCUCAGGAUAUCAGUGACGAAUUUUCUGACUUGCCACUGAAUAACAAAAUUAGGAGCACCUCAAACAUACCUUGGACACCAGAAACGCAAUUAGCUUCAAAUUCUCAGAUUACCACAACCAAGUCUCCCCAACUUUCUAGAACCCUCCCCGAGGUACAACAAUUUUAUAAUUCAUCUAGCCGGAAUAAUAAUACUCCAGUUGGAGAAAAAGAAAGUAUUGAAUUUAAAUCGGAGAGCCAAGUGAUCAAUGAGACGUCUUAUUCAACUGCAAAUGAUUACAGUCAAAAACAAAGUCCAAUCCUCGCACGUAAUAGUCAUCCAACACACCUCUCUUACUGUAGUCAUAAAUCUUAUAUUAAUGGUUUUCAGUCAGAUGACGAAGAAAACAGCCUCGUAGCAAGUCCAAAAAGACAGGUUCGAAAGCAACCAUCUUUCAAAAACCAUAAAACUCGAUUGCCUAGUCGUAAUAAGACCAGAGGACCAUUAGAUUUUGUGAACUUUACGCCUAAUGACUCUCUUCAAUUAUUGACAGGAGUUGCACCAUCGGGUAGCAAUAAGACUAAAGCACGGCGUGAGAAAGAAGCACUUGAGAAGAGGGUUAGACUAUCACAAGCGGCUCUGAGGGCAGUUCGUGCCGCUGGGGGUGAUAUUCGGAGUCUUUUCAAGGAGGGAAUAAUUGGUUGUGAUGGACAACUUCCAACCUUUAUUUACUCUUCACCCUGA